AUGAAAAUUCCUUUCGUGGUAGCUCCCACCGAAUUAAUUGUUCGCAAUGCAUGCAACAAAUCAGACAACACAAUUGAAGGACUACUCGAUGAAAGUGGUGAUUAUGGAUGCUCUACAACGUUUGUAAACAAACCAUGCAUUGAGUUGAAAUUCGACCGAGUUUAUAACUUUUCUCAUCUCGAGUGUACCGAAAACAAGAGAUAUCCCAAUGAUCAACAACGUGUGAGAGGAACCGACGUGAGCUACAGGGUCAAUGAAACUGAUCCAUGGACUGAUUUGUAUUCCUUCAGAGAUGGUUACGGACUUCAAAAGGUAACCUUGAAUGUCCAAGCAAGAUAUUGGAAAUUUGAUUGUUUUGGAAACAAGGAGGUUGCUUUUGGCAAAUUGAGAAUGUUUGCUUUUGAUGCUCCUGCUGUGAACAUCAAAACAAAAACUGGAAUGAUCAUUCAAGAAACUUCUUCUGGAUCCUCAGGCAACGGUAGUGAACCAUCAUCAGUAGCAGUGAAGGAUUUGAAUGAACCUCUCCACACAAGCGGUGAGGUUAAUGUGAUCGCACCUAUUGAAAUGAAGAUGACUUCAAAAGAUAGUUGGGGUGAUAACACCAUUGAGGGUCUCUUAGAUGAUACAGGAAAAUAUGGUGUUUGCACAGGUACUGGAAACAAUCAACAUAUUACCUUGACCUUUGAUCGAGUUCACUUGUUUACAUUCUUGGAGUAUAAGACAUGUCGAUUGGGCGAAAGUAUGCAAUGGCAAUUCUUGAAAGAUACUCAAGUUCAAUACAAGGUAAAAGAAGAUGAUGAAUGGUCCGUGUUGGCCACUAUCGAAAGAUCACAUGUCAAACUCAACCCGGAAAGUGUUUUCAUCCAUUUCCCUAAUCCAAUUAAGGCCAGAUACUGGAGAUUCUUCAAGUUGGACACAGCUGGAAUCUUCUUUGGAAUGCUUAGACUCUUUGGCUAUUCUCCAUAUGUUGCCAUUAAAACCAAGACCGGAGUCGUUCAACCUCAAUCUGUUGCCACACCUCACACUCCAGUCACUCCAGUUGUAACAUCUGUUCAAGCUACAACUCCAUUUCAACAACAACCACAGCAGCAACCUCCACAACCAUUACCACAACAACCAGUAGUAGUCACUCAAUCAACAGUUCCAACUGUUAGUAAUGUUGUUGUUACUCAAUCAAGCACUUCAUUCACACCUUCACAACAAGAUAGCCUCGAACCAAAAUACCCAUCCACUGAAGAUGUAAAUGUUGUUCCACCAGUAGAAUUGAAAAUGUCUUCCAAAGAUAGUUGGGGUAAAAAUAACAUUGAAGGACUUUUGGAUUAUUCUGGACAACAUGGAGCUUGUACAGGUAGAAGUGCAAAUUCAUCGAUUGAAUUGAUUUACGAUGCAGUCUAUUUGUUCACAUUCUUGGAAUUCAAAGCAAGUAGAUUGGGAGAAAGUAUGCAAAUUUCAUCAUUGGAAGGUACAGCCGUUCAGUACAAACUUGAGGCCACUGCUCAAUGGACCACAUUGACUACCAUCGAGAAAAGUAACAUCAAACUCAAUCCACAAUUGAACACCAUUCAAUUUGAAACACCAAUCAAGGCAAGAUUUUGGAGAUUCUUUAGAGAGAAACCUGAUAAUCUCUUCUUAGGUAUGGUUCGAUUGUAUGGCCAUUGUCCAUAUGUACCAAUUAAGACCAUUAGUGGUGUUGUGCUCUCACUAAAGGAGGCUCUAUCAAUGUGGGAACCAAAAUAUACUGGUCCUGAGGUUAACCUUAUUCCUGUUCAGUCGAUCGAUUCAAAAGGAGACUCAAGACGUGAAAAUACUUUAGAAGGAUUGUUGGAUGAUUCUGGUGAUUAUGGUUUUGUGACCUCUUCCUAUCAUCAAUCAAUAGUUUUGAAAUAUGCACAUGUUUAUUUAUUCACAUAUUUGGAAUACAUGACGUUGAAUACUACCAAUAACAAAGUUUACUAUUUGAAAGAUGUGAAUAUUGAAUAUCGAUUGAAAGAUUCAGACACAUGGACAUUAUUGAAAACUAUUGAAGAAAAGGAUAUCAAGUUUAGUCCAUUAGUGAACACCAUUACCUUUGAAAAACCCAUCAAGGCCAAGGAAUGGAGAUUGGUUACCAAAGGACAACUAAUUGAAAUUGGUAUGCUUAGAAUCUAUGGAUACACUCCCUAUGUUCCUAUUCAAACAAAGAGUGGCGUUGUUCCAAGUCUACAGGAAGUAGCUGAACAAUCCAAACUUAAAUUCUCUGGCUGCGAUCAAAUUAAUCUCAUUAAACCUGUUGCACUUUACACCACUGAUCAUAAGAAAGUAGAUAACAGUGUGAUCGAUGAGAUAUUACAAGGAAGUGGCACCAAUGGUUUUGUCACCGAUGAUUCCACACUUCCUCAAUGUGAAAUUUGUUUUGAUGGAGUUUACAAGUUUGCGCUUUUUACAUGGAAAGAACAUCCAAAGAUUAAGGAAUACACAAAAGUCGAUGGAAGAGGACGAAAGGAAUCUUCAACUCUUGAAGGAGUCACAAUGGAAUACAAAUUGAACAGUAGAGAUCCUUGGAUACCAUUCGGCAUCAGAUUUACCAAACUACAAACCAAUGUGCAAAAUGUAUUUAUGGUUUUCAUGGAAGGAGUUGAAGCAAGAUAUUUCCGUUUCACAAAACAACCAAAUCAAGGGUUGACCUCAAGAAUUGGUUUUGGAAUGUUGAGAUGUUAUGCAUAUGCACCAUUGUUAAAGUUUAACAUUAAGAAUACAGAACAUUCGGAGGUGAUUAUGAAUAUUACAAGACAAGAUCAUUCUGUAAUUCCAAAGAUCGUUCCAACCAAUGAUGAUGAGCCAUUCUACAAGGAGUCAUCCUGUAGUGAAGUGAAUGUGAUUGCACCACUCAGAAUUAUCAGUUCCAAACAUGGCAAUCAAUCGACAAAUACAAUUGAAGGACUUAUUGAUGACACUGGAUCGGCAGGUUAUUCCACUACCCAACAAGUCCAUUCCUACAUUAUUCUUGAAUUUGAAGCAGUGUUCUUAUUCAAGUAUUUAGAAUUUAUGAAACACAAAAAAAUUUCAUUCACUGAUUCUAUUGAAAGUGAUUUGACCUUAUCUUACAAAGUGAAAGAGAGCGAUCCUUGGACACCAUUCGAAACAUUUAAUCAGAGAUAUUUCAAUCAUCCUAAAUUGAAUGUCAUGAAAUUUAAUGGGCAAGGAAUCAAAGCACGGUAUUGGAAAUUUGAGAGAAUUUGUGGAGAUAUUUCAUUUGGUAUGCUUCAAUUCUUUGGUGUUGCACCAUUCAUCCCAUACAACACAACCAAGGGUUUGUUGCUUUCUAGAGAUCAACAAGAAGCUCCACAUCUAACAUCUUACAAGGGAAGUGAAGUUAACGCCAUUCUUCCAAGCAGUAUUUCCAUUUCCAAUGAAUAUGAUGAAACGCGCGAUAAUAAGUUACUUCCAACAUAUGAUAAUACAUUUGCUGAAAAUACAUUAGAAGGAUUAUUGGAUGACACUGCUGAAUAUGGUGUGUGUUGUCGUGGAGGAACUUUAAUUGUGAAUUUUGAACAUAUUCACUUUUUCAAAUAUUUUGAAUAUUAUACUCAUUGUUUGUACGAUGGUGCCGAUCAAGAAUAUUAUUUCAGUGAUGUGAAAAUAUUUUGCAAGAUUCGACCAAAUGAACCUUGGAUUCCAUUCCACAAAAAGAUUGAGAACUCCAAACGUUAUCCUUAUUUGAAUCGUUUUGAAAUUGAUGACUCUCCAACUGGAUUUAAGGCGAGAUACUGGAAGUUUGAAUCCUCUACAAGCUUGUUGUUAGGUACAUUGAGAAUGUAUGGGUAUGCUGCAUAUGAACCAAUUCCUACAAGAACAGGAACUGUUCUUCCUAAAGAUGGUGAUGUUGAAAAGUACAAACUCCAAGCUCGUUUGAAAUUACUUGAAAAACAACAAGCAACCAAGCAUUGUAAAACUUGUCAUGAAGAUUUGGAAGAAGAAAUUGAUUCUGUCAUGGAAUGCAUUACUUGUGAAAUUGGUUUGUGUGAACGAGAUGCUAAAGUACACAAAAAGAAAAAUCCAUCUCAUCAAGUCAUUGAAAGAGUGGUUGCGCCACUUGAAGAAGAGCCAUCAACCUCUGAACAGGUUCAAUCUUCGUCACAAAACUCUUCCUCAACAAAACCAACAAGCACAAAGGAUUUACAAGGAUUGGUUCAAUACUAUUCCAAAGUUAUUUCUGAAAAAUUCACACCAGUCAUCACUGGAAUGGGACCACUUCAACAACUCAACAACGAUCCAAGUUUACUUGUCGAAUACUCAGAGGAAGGAACUUCAUGUGUGAAAAUUAAUCCUCCAUCAAUGUCAAGCUUGGCUGAUCGAAAUGGUGUGUUUGAGGUGAACCAAGGAAACAAAUCAGUUUCUUUCGGAAUUCACACCUUUACCUUUACCAACACUUCGUCAUCUCCAAUUUCUGUAACUAAAUUGCUUGUGGAGUAUUUAGAUCAUGACCAAACUUGGAAGCCAAUGCAAGACACUGUGGCAGCCUAUUGGCAAGCAGCAACUGUUGCAAGAACUGUCGGAGUACAUCAUGGAGAGUUAUUGACAGUCAUUGAAAAGAGUGAUGCUCAUGGAAAAUAUGUGUAUUGCAAUAAUUUCAAUAUUGGAGCUGGAGCUACUUCACAGGAUUACAAAAUCGAGUCAUCCUUCCCAUUGGAGGGACUUGUCGCUAGUUCUGGUAAAGCAAUAAGAAUGAUUCCUUACUAUAUGCCUUAUCCAUUGACAGUAAGAUUCACCAUUACUGAUUCAUUGAUGAAACAGAGAAGCAUCAAACUUGUAUAUGCAGUUCCAAACAUUCCACAUGAAACACCUGAACAAUUCAAGAAGAGAAUGAGCCUUAGAGAUGAAGACUUCUUUGAGGAAUGCAGUGACAAUGUCAACAGAGAACAAGCCUAUGUUGGAAUCAAGUUGAGUGGAGAUGGUAUUGCAUUGUUCAAUACUCAGAGCGAAAAUUCUUCACAAAAAUUCACACUCUUAGAUCUUAAAUACCAAUAUGAGAAACGCAGACAAAACUCAAUGUUGUUGUGGCAAUCAAAUGGCAAGUUUUGUAAUGUUGAAUUCCAUUUGUUGUGUGAUCCUGAAUUUUAUUAUAAGGGGUAUGCGAUCAUGAUGAAAGCUUCUUCAAUGACAAAUAAGGUUGAGAAGGUUUACCCACUUUAUGAAAUGAUUAAGAGCAUAUCUGCACAGAGAUUGAAGAAGUAA